AUGACACGAUUGAAACCACGAAGGAGCAUGCUAAAGAAGUCAAAGAUAAAACGAAAGAAGUCGCUGAAGAUGCAGCAGACAAAACUAAAGGAUUCUUUGGUAGAGAGCACAAAAGAGCAUGCUCAAGAUAUCAAAGAUAAAACGAAAGAAGUUGCAGAAGACGCAGCAGGCAAAACUAAAGGAUUCUUUGGCAAAUUGAAGGGAUCAACAGAAAAGGCCGUUGAUAAGGUGAAAGACGCUGCUGAUGACACGAUUGAAACCACGAAGGAACAUGCUAAAGAAGUCAAAGAUAAAACGAAAGAAGUAGCUGAAGAUGCCGCAGACAAAACUAAAGGAUUCUUUGGCAAGUUGAAGGGAUCAACAGAAAAAGCUGUUGAUAAAGUAAAAGACGCAGCAGAUGAUACGGUAGAGAGCACAAAAGAGCAUGCUCAAGAUAUCAAAGAUAAAACGAAAGAAGUUGCAGAAGAUGCAGCAGGCAAAACUAAAGGAUUCUUUGGCAAAUUGAAGGGAUCAACAGAAAAGGCCGUUGAUAAGGUGAAAGACGCUGCUGAUGACACGAUUGAAACCACGAAGGAACAUGCUAAAGAAGUCAAAGAUAAAACGAAAGAAGUCGCUGAAGAUGCAGCAGACAAAACUAAAGGAUUCUUUGGCAAGUUGAAGGGAUCAACAGGAAAAGCUGUUGAUAAAGUGAAAGACGCAGCAGAUGAUACGGUAGAGAGCACAAAAGAGCAUGCUCAAGAUAUCAAAGAUAAAACGAAAGAAGUUGCAGAAGAUGCAGCAGGCAAAACUAAAGGAUUCUUUGGUAAAUUGAAGGGAUCAACAGAAAAGGCCGUUGAUAAGGUGAAAGACGCUGCAGAUGACACGAUUGAAACCACGAAGGAGCAUGCUAAGGAAGUCAAAGAUAGAACGAAAGAAGUCGCUGAAGAUGCAGCAGACAAAACUAAAGGAUUCUUUGGCAAACUGAAGGGAUCAACAGAAAAAGCUGGUGAUAAAAUAAAAGAUGCAGCACAUGAUUCGGUAGAGAGCACAAAAGAGCAUGCUCAAGAUAUCAAAGAUAAAACGAAAGAAAUUGCUGAAGAUGCAGCAGGUACAACUAAAGGUUUCUUUGGUAAAUUGAAGGGAUCAACAGAAAAUGCCGUUGAUAAGGUGAAAGACGCUGAUGAUGACACGAUUGAAACCACGAAGGAACAUGCUAAAGAAGUCAAAGAUAAAACAAAAGAAGUAGCUGAAGAUGCCGCGGACAAAACUAAAGGAUUCUUUGGCAAGUUGAAGGGAUCAACAGAAAAAGCUGUUGAUAAAGUAAAAGAAGCAGCAGAUGAUACGGUAGAGAGCACAAAAGAGCAUGCUCAAGAUAUCAAAGAUAAAACGAAAGAAGUCGCUGAAGAUGCAGCAAGCAAAACUAAAGGAUUCUUUGGCAAAUUGAAGGGAUCAACAGAAAAGGCCGUUGAUAAGGUGAAAGACGCUGCUGAUGAUUCGAUUGAAACCACGAAGGAACAUGCUAAAGAAGUCAAAGAUAAAACGAAAGAAGUCGCUGAAGAUGCAGCAGACAAAACUAAAGGAUUCUUUGGCAAGUUGAAGGGAUCAACAGAAAAAGCUGUGGAUAAAGUAAAAGACGCAGCAGAUGAUACGGUAGAGAGCACAAAAGAGCAUGCUCAAGAUAUCAAAGAUAAAACGAAAGAAGUCGCUGAAGAUGCAGCAGGCAAAACUAAAGGAUUCUUUGGCAAAUUGAAGGGAUCAACAGAAAAGGCCGUUGAUAAGGUGAAAGACGCUGCUGAUGACACGAUUGAAACCACGAAGGAACAUGCUAACGAAGUCAAAGAUAAAACGAAAGAAGCAGCUGAAGAUGCCGCAGACAAAACUAAAGGAUUCUUUGGCAAGUUGAAGGGAUCAACAGAAAAAGCUGUUGAUAAAGUAAAAGACGCAGCAGAUGAUACGGUAGAGAGCACAAAAGAGCAUGCUCAAGAUAUCAAAGAUAAAACGAAAGAAGUUGCAGAAGAUGCAGCAGACAAAACUAAAGGAUUCUUUGGUAAAUUGAAGGGAUCAACAGAAAAGGCCGUUGAUAAGGUGAAAGACGCUGCAGAUGACACGAUUGAAACCACAAAGGAGCAUGCUAAGGAAGUCAAAGAUAAAACGAAAGAAGUCGCUGAAGAUGCAGCAGACAAAACUAAAGGAUUCUUUGGCAAGUUGAAGGGAUCAACAGAAAAAGCUGGUGAUAAAAUAAAAGACGCAGCACAUGAUACGGUAGAGAGCACAAAAGAGCAUGCUCAAGAUAUCAAAGAUAAAACGAAAGAAAUUGCUGAAGAUGCAGCAGGUACAACUAAAGGUUUCUUUAGUAAAUUGAAGGGAUCAACAGAAAAGGCCGUUCAUAAGGUGAAAGACGCUGCUGAUGACACGAUUGAAACCACGAAGGAACAUGCUAAAGAAGUCAAAGAUAAAACGAAAGAAGUAGCUGAAGAUGCCGCAGACAAAACUAAAGGAUUCUUUGGCAAGUUGAAGGGAUCAACAGAAAAAGCUGUUGAUAAAGUAAAAGACGCAACAGAUGAUACGGUAGAGAGCACAAAAGAGCAUGCUCAAGAUAUCAAAGAUAAAACGAAAGAAGUCGCUGAAGAUGCAGCAGGCAAAACUAAAGGAUUCUUUGGCAAAUUGAAGGGAUCAACAGAAAAGGCCGUUGAUAAGGUGAAAGACGCUGCAGAUGACACGAUUGAAACCACGAAGGAGCAUGCUAAGGAAGUCAAAGAUAAAACGAAAGAAGUCGCUGAAGAUGCAGCAGACAAAACUAAAGGAUUCUUUGGCAAGUUGAAGGGAUCAACAGAGAAAGCUGGUGAUAAAAUAAAAGACGCAGCACAUGAUACGGUAGAGAGCACAAAAGAGCAUGCUCAAGAUAUCAAAGAUAAAACGAAAGAAGUCGCUGAAGAUGCAGCGGACAAAACUAAAGGAUUCUUUGGGAAGUUGAAGGGAUCAACAGAAAAGGCAGUCGAUAAAGUAAAAGACACAGCAAACGAUACGUUAGAGAGCACAAAAGAGCAUGCUGUAGAUGUUAAAGAAAAAACGAAAGAAAUUGCUGAAGAUGCAGCAGGCAAAACUAAAGGAUUCUUUGGCAAGUUAAAGGGAUCAACAGAAAAAGCUGUUGAUAAAGUAAAAGACGCAGCAGAUGAUACGUUAGAGCGCGCUGAAGAACAUGCUAGAGAUGUCAAAGGUAAAACGAAAGAAGCUGCAGAAGAUGCAGCAGGCAAAACUAAAGGAUUCUUUGGCAAUAUAAAGGGAUCGACAGAAAAGGCCGUUGACAAGGUAAAGGACGCUGCAGAUGACACUAUUGAGACCACGAAAGAGCAUGCUAAGGAUGUCAAAGAUAAAACAAAAGAAGUCGCUGAAGAUGCAGCAGACAAAACUAAAGGAUUUUUCGGGAAGUUGAAGGGAUCAACAGAAAAGGCAGUCGAUAAAGUAAAAGACGCAGCAGACGAUACGUUAGAGAGCACAAAGGAGCAUGCUCAAGAUAUCAAAUAUAAAACAAAAGAAGUUGCUGAAGAUGCAGCAGACAAAACUAAAGGAUUCUUUGGCAAGUUGAAGGGAUCAACAGAAAAAGCUGUUGAUAAAGUAAAAGACGCAACAGAUGAUACGGUAGAGAGCACAAAAGAGCAUGCUCAAGAUAUCAAAGAUAAAACGAAAGAAGUCGCUGAAGAUGCAGCAGGCAAAACUAAAGGAUUCUUUGGCAAAUUGAAGGGAUCAACAGAAAAGGCCGUUGAUAAGGUGAAAGACGCUGCAGAUGACACGAUUGAAACCACGAAGGAGCAUGCUAAGGAAGUCAAAGAUAAAACGAAAGAAGUCGCUGAAGAUGCAGCAGACAAAACUAAAGGAUUCUUUGGCAAUUUGAAGGGAUCAACAGAGAAAGCUGGUGAUAAAAUAAAAGACGCAGCACAUGAUACGGUAGAGAGCACAAAAGAGCAUGCUCAAGAUAUCAAAGAUAAAACGAAAGAAGUCGCUGAAGAUGCAGCGGACAAAACUAAAGGAUUCUUUGGGAAGUUGAAGGGAUCAACAGAAAAGGCAGUCGAUAAAGUAAAAGACACAGCAAACGAUACGUUAGAGAGCACAAAAGAGCAUGCUGUAGAUGUUAAAGAAAAAACGAAAGAAAUUGCUGAAGAUGCAGCAGGCAAAACUAGAGGAUUCUUUGGCAAGUUAAAGGGAUCAACAGAAAAAGCUGUUGAUAAAGUAAAAGACGCAGCAGAUGAUACGUUAGAGCGCGCUGAAGAACAUGCUAGAGAUGUCAAAGGUAAAACGAAAGAAGCUGCAGAAGAUGCAGCAGGCAAAACUAAAGGAUUCUUUGGCAAUAUAAAGGGAUCGACAGAAAAGGCCGUUGACAAGGUAAAGGACGCUGCAGAUGACACUAUUGAGACCACGAAAGAGCAUGCUAAGGAUGUCAAAGAUAAAACAAAAGAAGUCGCUGAAGAUGCAGCAGACAAAACUAAAGGAUUUUUCGGGAAGUUGAAGGGAUCAACAGAAAAGGCAGUCGAUAAAGUAAAAGACGCAGCAGACGAUACGUUAGAGAGCACAAAGGAGCAUGCUCAAGAUAUCAAAUAUAAAACAAAAGAAGUUGCUGAAGAUGCAGCAGACAAAACUAAAGGAUUCUUUGGCAAGUUGAAGGGAUCAACAGAAGAAGCAGUUGAUAAAGUUAAAGACGCAGCGGAUGAUACGAUAGACAGCACCAGAAAGCAUGCAAAAGAUGUCAAAGAUAAAACGAAAGAAGUGGCAGAAGAUGCAGCAGGCAAAACUAAAGGAUUUUUUGGCAAAUUAAAGGGAUCAACAGAAAAAGCCGUUCAUAAGGUAAAAGAUACUGCAGAAGACACGUUAGAAAUCACGAAAGAGCAUGCUAAAGAUGUCAAAGAUCAAACGAAAGAAGUUGCUGAAGAUGCAGCAGAAAAAACUAAAGGAUUCUUUGGAAAGUUGAAGGGAUCAACAGAAAAAGCCAUUGAUAAGGUAAAAGACGCAGCAGAUGACACGGUAGAGAGCACAAAAGAGCAUGCUAAAGAUGUCAAAGAUAAAUCUGGAGAAGUUGCUGAAGAUGCAGCAGACAAAACAAAAGGAUUCUUCGAAAAGUUAAAGGAGUCGACCGAAAAAACUGUUGAUAAGAUGAAAGACGCAGCAGAUGACACACUAGAAAGCACAAAGGAGCACGCUAAAGAUGUUAAAGACAAAACUAAAGAAGUUGCUGCAGAUGCAGCAGACAAAUCUAAAGGAUUCUUUGGCAAGUUGAAGGGAUCAACAGAAAAAGCGGUUGAUAAGGCGAAAGAUGCAGCAGAUGAUACGUUAGAGAGCACAAAAGAGCAUGCUCAUGAUAUCAAAGAUAAAACAAAAGAAGUUGCUGAAGGCGCAGCGGACAAAACUAAAGGAUUCUUUAGCAAGUUGAAAGGAUCAACAGAAGAAGCAGUUGAUAAAGUUAAAGACGCAGCGGAUGAUACGAAGGACAGCACAAAAGAGCAUGCUAAAGAUAUCAAAAAUAAAACGAAAGUAGUUGCCCAAGACGCAGCAGAUAAAACUAAAGGAUUCUUUGGAAAAUUGAAAGGAUCAACAGAAAAAGCCGUUGAUAAAGUAAAAGACACAGCAGACGACAUGUUAGAAAGUUCGAAAAAGCAUGCUAAAGAUGUCAAAGAUAAGACGAAAGAAGUUAAUGAAAAUGCUGCAGCUAAAACUACAGGAUUAUUUGGAAAAUUGAAGGGACCAGCCGCUGCGGACAACUCGAUAGAAAAAACAAAUUCUGAAAGUGUUCUUGUAAAGGAUGGGAAAGAAAAAAAUACUUUAUUUACUAAAUUAAGAAGAUCACCAUCAAAAACUUCCGACAAUAGCAAACAUAUUAUGGAAAGUAAUAAUAUUCAAAAGGAUAAUGAUAUGCCGGAACACGAUAUUAAAAAGUUGACCGAGCAAAUGAUCACCAAUGAACUAAACUUUCAAGGCUGGAGUGAUUUGGAACAAAAUAUCCAACGCUCGGCGCCCAGUGUAAUUUCUAAUAAACACGAACCUGAACUAGUAUCCCAAGAUCAAAGAGUGAAAUCAAAAAUAUUUGGAUUAUUUGGAAAAAAAUCUUCUAAAGAAUCACCUAUUGUAGAACAAGUUUCAAGUGCUCAAUUUGAAACAAAAGAAACAGCAAAAGACAAAUCUGUGAAUUUUAUAGACCCAGAUUUAAAUAAAUUUGAUAUUAAAGAUCUGACAAAUCAAAUGAUUUCUCAGGAAUUGAAUUUCAGAGGGUGGGAAACACCUUAUGUACCCCAAUCAGACUUAAAAACGAGUGUAUCUUCGGUAUCAUCAGCGCAGCAAAGUUUGAAAGAUUCAUCGGAGAACGUACCAGAUGUUGCAGACAGUUCAAAUGCGACGUCUGACGGUUCUUUUAAUAAGCUGAAGAAAACUACAUCAAAAGUUAAAGAUAAAGUGAAAGACACGGAUUCAAGCACAAAUAUCAUUGAUAAUUCGUACCAAGAUAAUGUAGACAUAGAAGUACCAAAUGUAAAAGUUGUCGAGGGAGAGCAACCGACUAGGUCUUCUGCUCUUAUUACAAUAAUAGAUAGCAGUAAGCCCGUUAGAUCUCAAACAGAAGUUGUCACAAAGUACAUAAAUGUUACGCCUCAUGAUACGCCAGACUCUAUUUCCGGGACUGUUUCAAAUACAUUCUUAAGUGAAUGCAAUAUAUUUGAAACAGAUAGUAGAAAAAUAGAUAAAAGAGCAAUAUUUAGGCUUGAAUCGGAAGAAAUAAGUGAUGCAAAUAAUUCUUCUAAGGACAUUAAAUGGCAUGAUGCAAAAAGUGAACCACACGCAAUACAAGACUUAAAUUUAAGCAAUAGUCACAAGAUUAUAAAAAAAAUAGAAUUACAAGAAUUGCCACAAACAACAUUGAAUAAAAAUGUAAAAGACAACGUUCUUCUAAUAGGAACCAUUGGUUAUAUAACAGAUUCUAAUAUAGAAACACUCGAUGAUGAUGAUGUUCGAGCAGAAAGUAGUAAUGUAACAAUGGAUUCGCAGAAGCAGUUAAAACGAGUUGAACGCAGGUUUGAAAGAAUGGCUUCUGAAACACUAGAAAAAGAAUUACAAGAGCUAAAAAUAUUAAAAGACGAGAAUAUCAAUAUACCCGAACUUAAAAAUAGAAAAGAGGUAGAAUUUCAAACCUUAGUUUCUCAGCUGAGUGCUGAUGAAAUCUCUCAAUUUCAACAAGACUACAAAGACAUUAAUUGGGAGGAAUGCACUAUAACAGAAUCUUCCAGUGUUGACAAUACCAGAACAUCAGAAUCUCCUGACAAAGACACAGAUGGCUUUUCCCCAGUAGAAACAGACGAAGCAGUUACCGGAGAAACCACUAUAACCACAACAACUACAACUACGACCACAAGGAGAGUGGUGGCAGACCAGCAUGACCUCUCCGAUGAAAUGAAGGAUCUACUUGCCCAAUUGGAAUCCCAAAGCAAGAAAUAAAUGGCGUAAAUUCAAUACCCAGUAAUUAUACCUAAAAGGAAUAUAUAUAAGAAUAAUUAAUUAUGUAUCUUUGCAGUUACAACAUAUUAUAUACUAAAAUAAUGCGU